CAUUAUCACCUAGCUUGCGUGAGGUAACCUUCUUUUUCAUUCUUACUUUUACUCUUGAUCUUUGUGGUUAAAACUCCUUCUACUUCUCUCUCCAAAUUUUCUUUUUCCCGAAACUUGAAUUUUUCAUUCUUCCCAAUGACUUCCGAUUCCGAUAGACCCGAGUCUCCGUCUUUCGAUGAGAGGCGUUCUAGCAAUGAUGAGUGCACCCGCCCUAAUGAUAUUGCCGGUCCGCACUAUAGAUCCACCUGCACCCUUCAAUCCCUCGAACGAUUGAGGGAGCUCUGCCGAAUCCCACCGGGAAUUAUGGCGGAGGCGCAGAUAGCUGAUCCUACGGAGUCCCCAGAGUGCCACCGCGACGACUACUUCUUUGUAUACGAGAUCUAUUUUAAAGGUUGCGGGCUGACCUUUCCCCUUCCCGAAGCCCUAGUUCGAUACCUAGCGGCUCUUGAAAUUGCUCUUCCUCAAUUAACCCCUAAUCUUCUUCGUACCAUCCUCGGAAUUAUAACAAUCGCGGCGGAGGCCGGAUAUGUUAUCGGAGUCACUGAACUAAAUGAGCUUCUAAGCGUAAGAAGUUCAUCGAAGAAGACGGGGUACUUCUCAGCGUAUCUGAAUGCUAAUAGAAACAUCAUCUCGCACCUUCCGAACAAGGAUGAAAAUUGGCACCAUCCUUGGUUUCUGAUUAAGAAAACUCCCGCUUCGAUUGGAAAUCUUGCAGAUUUACUCCCAUCAAAGUGGUCUGCGAAGCCUGCUUUCAUCGCUUCCACUCUCCCAUCUGAAGGGUUCAUCGAAUUCUUCAAGAUAAUUCUCGAAGGGGAAACCCUUUGGAAUUCUUUCACUCUUGAACGAUUCCUAGAAGCUAACCACAGACUCAGGAUGAGUCCACCGGGUCAACUUCACCAACUUCCGCCUCCUCCCUCAACUCAGGGGAUGUCAUCUCGGGCCCUUGCGGCCAAGCGUAAGGUGCUUUCCAAGCCGAUAGCUGAGGCUUGUGAGGGGAAGAAAAAGUUUCUCGCGACUUCUAUAGAUAAGAAGGACUACAGUAGGACCCUGCUGGUUGAUGAUGGCAGCACCAAAGGAGCCAGAUCCGUUGCUUCUUUUAGAUUAACUCCUCGUCGUGAUCGUCGUGACUCGCGUUCUCCUCGGAGGGACCGAUGUCCUCGCCGUGAUUCACCUUGUCCUCCCCGAGAUGAUUUUAGCAACGAACCACUUAAGAACUUGGUUCGCAGGAAGAGAGACAAGUCCUCUCGUAGUGAUUCUUCCCCGCGAAGGGAGAAGUCAAGGGCCCGGACUGACCGUUCACCUCGAUCAUCCCCUCCUACUGAACCAAUGAGUCCUCCACGACCGGUUGAUAUGUCUUCCUCUUCCCAGCCUGACAGCGAAAAGACUGCCCGGAGCGCAUCUCCAAAAAAGGGAGAUUCUGAAUCUCGAGAUUCUUCCUCGAGGUUAAAGCCUGCUCUUGUCCCUCAAGUCAAAUCGCUUUCAGAUUCCAAUUUUUACAACUCUUCCUCCUUCGCAGCUAUGGAGAAGGAAGGCAGCGUUUUCCGAUGCUUCAAGACCCGAUCGGGUUCGAUCUUGCCAGACUUCAACAAGUGGCGCCCUGCGAUUCGUGAACGCUAUUUGCUUCAUGCUUAUCAUUCAUCUCGGGCUAACGGUGAGCUUAAUGACAUGAUUGAACAUUAUGAGGGGCUGGUCCUUGGUCGGGAAAAGGAGAUUGACGCGUGGAAGAAAAAACUUUCUGCUCUUGAGGCUGAACUAAGCUCUUCUACCGGCUCCAAGCACGAUCUGGAGGACAAGGUCGACAGUCUAACAUCCGAGCUGGCGAAGAUUAAGGGGGAGCUGCAGGACCAAUACGACCAAAAUUUGAAACUCCAGGAUGAGCUUUCUGGUGUUCAGGGUAGGCUUUACGAAUCCGAAUCAACCGCCGAUACCCUGAAUAACCAACUCAUUGAGCUUAACGCGAAGUACAAGGCGAUUGCCAAAUUGCGUGAUUCCGAGUUGGCAAGGUUGGCUUCGAAAGCCAGAAAGGAGGUUAAGGGACGCGGGAUGGAGUUGAUCCAAGGAGCCAUCCGCUUCAUUCAAUCCGAGAAAGCUAGGUCAGACCUGGAAUCAGAUAUCAAGGAGCAUGAGGGCAAUCUGAUUUUGUUGGAUCAAAUCCAUGAAACAGAUUUCUCCGAGGUAGAAGAGAGGACCGAACUAUCGGCUAAUCUUUCUGAAAAGCGGAGUCGCUUGGCAGCUCUUCCUACUUCGACCUUCAACCCGCAGGACUUCGAGGAAUUCUUCACUGAAUCGCCUCCUAUAAGUGAAUCGGGUCUAGACUGGGCAGGCCCAAGUGAGACGGAAGAUGUCAUCCCACCCGAAGUUCCUGUGACAUCGGAGGUCACCCCGGAGGAUGGUUGUACUGUGGAGGGCGGACCAGGAGUGCCAUCUGACCAAGCACCAGCUAAGGAGGCGAAUGAAACUCCAACUGUCGAGCCGGAGUCCGAGGUGGCUGUUACUCCGUAG